AUGAAGUUGCUUCUCCUCUUUUUUUCAAUUAUCAUUGCAGCAUUCUCGAUUAUAUUCAGAGAUCCAAUUAUCGAGUAUAUCGAAGGCAUAAGUAACUUGUUUACCAACGACACAACCGCAAUUCCUUCACUAAAGCAACUUUCCAAUUUUCCAUCCGCUUCAUAUUUUAGCACAUCAAAAGCAGUCAAUAUGACAACACCAAGAGGAAUCCAAAAAGCCUUUUUGGCACGCGAGCAAGCUGAGGGUGCGGGAGCGAGAGUUCGCCGUUCGAUUGGCACACCUCAAUUAAAGAACUUCUCGCCAUUCCUUAUGCUCGACCAUUUUACCAUUAAGCCUGGAGCUGGAUUCCCAGAUCACCCACACAGAGGACAAGAAACGAUAACCUACCUCCUCGAAGGUGCUGUCGACCAUGAAGAUUUCGCAGGAAACGCAGGCACUAUCGAAGCAGGAGAUCUCCAAUUCAUGACUGCAGGAAAAGGAAUAAUGCACGCGGAAAUGCCACGACAAAAUCUCGAUGGCAGCGCAAAUGUUGGAAUGCAACUUUGGGUAGACUUACCCGAAAAACUCAAGAAAUGCGAGCCACGAUAUCGUGAUUUACGAGCCAAGGAAAUCCCAAAAAUUGACAUCGAUGAUGGAAAGGUACAUGUGAAGAUUAUUUCGGGACAAAGUCAUGGUGUCGAUAGUGUGCAAGAAUUAGCUUAUACACCAGUUUGGAUUUUCGACGUAGAAAUCAAACCGGGUGGAAAGAUUGAGCAAUCAUUACCAGCUGGGUGGAAUGCUUUUGCUUACACUUUGAGUGGGGAGACGGUCUUUGGAAGUGGAGAUGAGAAGACUAAGAUUGCACAAUUCCACAAUGUGGUAUUUCGUCAGGAGGGAGAUCUGGUGAAUGCAGAAGUCGAAGAGUCUGCUAAAGAAAAUGGUCAUUUUAUUCUAGUAGCAGGUCAACCCCUCGACCAAAAGGUAGUCCAAUAUGGCCCCUUUGUCCUGAAUUCAGAAGAGGAGGUAUAUCAGGCGAUGAUGGACUUCCAGACCCAAUCUAAUGGAUUUGAAAGGGCCAAGGGAUGGAAAAGUGAGAUUGGAAAGACGAUGGUUCAUUAG